AUGCUCGACACCUUUAAAGUUUACUUGGACCUUUGCUCACAACCCUGCCGUUCGGUCUAUAUUUUUGCAAAAAAGAACAAAAUUCCUUUUGAUUUUAAAAAGGUUUUGCUGAUGGAAGGAGAGCAGUAUGGAGAAGACUUUGGGAAGAUCAACAUGAUUAGGAAAGCCCCUGCUAUAUGAGACGGAGACUUCUGCUUGGCUGAGAGCAUUGCCAUCAUGAUGUACCUGGCUGAGAAGUUUGGGACGCCAGAGCAUUGGUAUCCCUCCGACCUGCAGAAGCGGCGCGUGAACGAGUACUUGUCCUGGCAACACAUGGCCAUCCGAAUGCACGGCUCCAAGAUAUUUUGGGGGAAGCUCAUGAUUCCAAAGAUAAUGGGUGUGGAGGUCCCUAAGGAGAAGAUGGAUGCAGCUCUGGAGGACUUGAACAGCUCGCUCACGCUCAUCGAAGAGAAGUUCCUUCAGGACAGGCCCUUCAUAGCGGGGGAGCAGCUCUCUCUGGCGGACCUGGUGGCCGUAGUGGAGGUGAUGCAGCCUGUAGGUGCCGGGGUGGAUGUGUUUGAGGGGCGUGCGAGGCUGAGAGCAUGGCGAGACCGAGUGAGAGAGGAGGUUGGGGCAGAGCUGUUCGAUGAGGCCCACCAAGACAUCCUAGCUGCCCAGGACAUGAUCAAGACGUUGGACGCCAGCAAGAUGCAGGGCUUCAGACCCAAGAUCUUCAGCUUAUUUUUCUGAAGGAUUAUGGUAGAUAAAGGAACACAACAUUAUACAGUAUAAAACAACCAUAAUCAAUUAUAAGAAAAAAUGACAAUCAGGUCAUUUUUAUUUCAAGUAAACUGUAAACCAUUCACUUGCUUAUCUUCGAGCUCCCUGUCCCCUAACCCUAGCCUCUGAAUGGCCUGGUCACAUGACCCUCCCUGUUGGGUUCAUCACUCCCAGCUGUUGAUCACUGAGGGUUGUGUUUGGUCAGGAUUGAGGGAUGUGUCAUGUGACAUGUUGGUAGGAAAAUAUGCUUUCUCAUGGGAGAUGAAGGGAUUUGCUAAGGGUAAGAUGCAGCCCUAGGUCAAAAAUUGUGUUGAAAUCCUUACAUAUGGGUCAGAUAGGUGAAAUAUGAACAUGUUUGCAAUUCAUGCCUUCUCCAUUCUGCUAGAAAAAACUGUCUUGUAUUUUGAUCUAGGACUGUAACGGCGUUUUGUUGGUAACCUCAAUAAAAUUCCUUUCUUGCU